AUGGAAGAUAACGAUUCGUCCGCCCAGCCUUCUCAGGCGACGGCAGAAACUUGCAUAGAUUUUGUAACACUUGGAAUGUUUAUCAUAGACGAUAUCGACUUUGUACCGCCGAAGCCACCCGUCAAGGGCAUCUUGGGCGGCGCUGGCGCGUACUCAGCACUUGGCGCUCGCUUGUUUUCACCUGGUGAAAAGACAUCCUCAGUUGGUUGGAUAGUAGAUCAAGGCUCAGAUUUUCCAUCCAACCUCAAAACCCUAAUCGAUGGCUGGGACACAACUGCCGUCUUCCGCUACGAUCCAAACCGACUCACCACCAGAGGCUGGAAUGGCUAUGAGGGAACAGAUGAUCACAGGUCAUUCAAAUACAUGACACCCAAGAAACGGCUAACAGGGGAAGAUCUAACCCCUGAAUUACUACAGUCACGGUCGUUUCACCUAAUUUGUUCCCCACUACGAUGUCAGGAGCUUGUCAAGGAUAUUACAUCGAAGAGAAAAAAGGUCAUGCCCGCAGACGGCUAUUGCAAGCCAAUCUUUGUUUGGGAACCAGUGCCAGACUUAUGUACACCGGAAGAACUGCUCAAUUGCACCAACACACUGCCGAUGAUUGAUAUCUGCAGCCCGAACCACACCGAGCUUGCUGGAUUCAUGGGUGACCAUGGCCUGGAUCCGGAGACAGGCCGUAUAUGCACCGCUAGCGUUGAACGCGCCUGUGAACAAUUGCUAGGCAGUAUGCCGUUGCAAUCGUACGCUAUUGUCGUCCGUGCUGGUGAGAAGGGAUGCUAUAUUGCCAAGAACGGUGGCAGAAAACGAAAGCGAGCAGAGGCAUCAAAAGCCGCGCCACGCAAGCAGUUGAUCCAUGGAAGCUUGAAUCCAGAAAUUGACAUGGAGGCUCUUUUAGCAGGACUAAUGCAAGGCGAUGAUGGCGUGGUAGACACACAGGAGAUUGAAGUCGACCCGGGAAUUGAGAAAUGGAUUCCAGCCUACCAUCAAGAUCCUUCAAACGUGGUUGAUCCUACGGGAGGAGGUAAUACCUUCCUUGGUGCAAUGACUGUUGCAUUGGCUCGUGGCGAGGAUAUUGAAACUGCAACAAUUUGGGGCUCGACGGCCGCUAGCCUUGCCAUCGAACAGGUUGGGAUGCCCACUAUUGGUUCCGAUUCAUCAAGAAGAGAGACAUGGAACAGCGUCGUCAUUGAUGAGCGGUUGAGCGAAUAUGAACAAAGAAUUCAUGAGACACAGUGA